AUGGAAGGCCAUGGCAACAAAAUCACUCCUGUGAAUGAAACCACUUCUUCACAGGCGAAUAGUCUUCAGAAUGGUAAUGCCAAGUUGGAAACGAAUUCAACGCAACCUGAGAAGGUCAUCAAUGUGCCACCUUUGAGCCUUGACAAACUUUCCGUCACCUCUGCGGAUGAGCAACCGUUGGAUCUUUCAUGGCCAGAAACUUCGUCAAAACGGCUGAUAUACGUGCUAUUGGCGCCAAUCACAUUUCCACUAUCGAUUACACUCCCGGAUGUUAGAAAACCGUCAUGGAAAUCUUGGUUUGCUGUGACAUUCAUUGGUUCCGUAUUGUGGAUUGCAUUAUUCUCUUAUUUAAUGGUGUGGUGGGCAAAUGUAAUUGGGGAAACUUUUGGUAUUCCCACAGAAAUAAUGGGGCUCACGAUACUUGCAGCUGGCACAAGCAUUCCUGACCUGAUCACUAGUGUGAUUGUGGCCAGAAAAGGUCUCGGCGACAUGGCCGUGUCCAGCUCGAUUGGUAGCAACCUCUUCGACAUCUGCGUUGGGCUUCCUGUUCCAUGGCUUCUGUACUUCAUUGUCGCUUUGUUUCGAGUUUCAAGUAGUGCCUUUCCGACAGUGGCUGUGAUUUCGAAUGGUCUCAUAUGUAGUGUGGGCAUGCUGUUUCUAAUGCUUGUGUUCUUGGUAGUUGCUAUCGCAUUAUCACGAUGGAAAAUGGACAAAGUAUUUGGUCUCGUGAUGAUUGUCUCGUACUUAGGUUUCUGCGUGUUCAGCGUUUUUCUAGAAACGGGUCAGAUUGUGUGUCCGUUGAAAACUGCUUCGGACAUAUGCUGA